GCUUCACUUCAAGCGGAUACUCAUCUGUGAUCUUGUACCCAAAAUAACUCGGAUCAUAGUUGUGCAUGAAAAGCUACCGGCGACCAGUUGUCACGUUUUGUUGUUCUUUAGUAACCAUAACAAGUGCACGUCCUCCGCUUAGUGAAGAAUAGUCAGUUCAGUUUCCGUAAUAUUUGUUUUGAACUAUAUCAAUGCUCCCAUUGUGUUUACCGUCAAACACCAUAGAAAGAUCAUUGCCUCCAGCUCUUAAGGCAAUUUAAUCUGGAUCAAGCACUGCCUUCUAUUGUGGACUGUGUGUUUCUUCUUAACGCGCUGCACUCAAUCAAACCCUAAUCAGUUAUUUACUCAACGUCAACAGAGCAACAAGGAAAUGGUUCUGGCUUCAAGUUUAUGUUCGUCAGUAAUGUGCAUUCUCAUCCCGUCAGUUUUCAAUUCCAAAACAUCAACAAUACCAAAUGUUCAGAGACCUCCGCUAGAAUUCAAUAAAAACGAUCAACCUAUCAGUACUGCCGCUAGCGUUGCAACGCCGGUGGAGGUUCUCCUAAAACAACUUGCUGCCACCAGCCAGAAAGUUAACGCUUUGCCUAAUGGCGCCGCUUUAGAUAAUAUCAGCGCUAUAUUGCAGCAGAGGCCGUCAUGGUUUGUCGGAUCAAGUCAACCAUCAAUUAAAAUCUUUGGAGCAGGAACUGAAUCAAGAUUUCCGCCAUUCUUGGAGUUCUUGGUGCAGCGCAUUCAGUCGUUUUUCUCCGUUUAUAGAUAUCAGGACACAAGCCGUCCCGGACCUGGUUCGUAUAUUCAAGAUGUGGAAUUUAUUGAACCAACAAAAGUGACUGUGAAUGAAGCGACAUUCCCAAAGGAAGGUGGAGAUGGUGCUAUAUUCUCAGAAAAUGCUGGAGCAACUAUUAAUGAUGAUUACGAUGACAUAUUUGAAAACGGUACUGGUGUUAUUUCAAUAGGUUCCGAACCUUAGUCUCCGAAAUUUAUCUGACGAAACUCUGGUAUUUCUCGGAUUUGCUUUACUGGUGCAUGCAAAUAAACGA